UCCUCUGGAAAAACAAAACAAAAACAUUUGCACUGUUCAUAACAGAUUUCUAUUUACACUGUACAUAACAGAUAACAUUUGUAUUAGAUUGCACUAUGUAUGUGUGUAUGUAUGUAUGUGUGUGUCUGUGUGUGUAUGUACGCAUGUGUUUAACUAUUUUCUAUUUUUUAUUAUUAUCUAUGUCUUGCUGCUGUUUUUGUAUUGUUUUGUAUUGUUGUACACUGGAAGCUCAUGUCACCAAGACAAAUUCCUUGUAUGUGUAAGCAUACUUGGCAAUAAAGCUCUUUCUGAUUCUGAUUCUGAUAUAGCCAUCAUGUGAUCAUGUGGCUGUCAACUGAAAGGCAACACCUGAAACAAAUUGGCCUCAAUCACCUGACAUCCUAAAAGGCAACACUGGUCUAGCUGUUGUAUUCACUCUACUUUUGCUUGUAUCUCUCAAGGACUUUUAAAGCCUUUGACUGAAAUGUUUUCAAAGGAAGUAGUUGUUAUACAGUAGGGUUUUACAGAUUUAAUACAGGAACAAGAUUAUUAAUAGGAAGAGAGGAAGCCAGUGAACUGGUUAAGGACCAGUUAAAUUAAUUUAAUUGAUGAAAAUGGUAAAAUACUGUGGCAGUGGAAUGACUUUUGUUAGGGUUGAAGUUUUCCCUUUGUUUUUAUUAAGUAAUGCAACCCAUGUGGUGCUCAUUUGGUAGUAAGAUUUAUGUUCUUAUUUUUGAUAGAUGAAUGCUUUAUUCAUGGUCUGCCUUACAGUUUGUCUACCCCUGUUGCACAGUGCACCAAUCCAUCUUGGUGCUAUCACAUGCCAUCAUGUAGUGAUGUCACUUGGGAUGCACUUGCCAGGAAAGAGUGUAAUGGCACUCAACAGUCUCCAAUAGACAUUGUAACUGCCAAUGUUCAAGCUGAUGCCAAUUUAACCUCUUUUAACUUCACUGGUUAUGAUGACAACACCACCUUAACUGAGAUUGAAAAUACUGGCAAGACAAUUAAGGUUACUCUUGAUGAUAAGAAAAUGUACGUAGAAGGAGGUGAUCUACCAGGCUUGUUUACCAGUACGCAGUUUCAUCUUCACUGGGGUAAUGGCAGUGCCAUGCCUGGAUCUGAACACACUGUAGAUGGCAAACGAUAUCCUAUGGAGUUGCAUAUAGUGAAUAAGGCUGUUCGUACUGCAAAUGUGUCGAGUGAUUCUGUAUUAGCUGCCUUUGGUUUCUUCAUUGAGGCCUCGAAUGCCACUCUGAAACCAAAAAGCUGGAAGACCUUAACAUCCUAUCUAGCAAAAAUUGCCAAUGCAGGUGCUAAAAUGCACAUCAACCAUUCUAUCUCCAUGGAUGAUCUGCUUCCUGGAAUGGACAGGACUAAAUAUUACCGUUAUCUUGGUUCUUUGACCACACCCAACUGCAAGGAAGGUGUAGUGUGGACAGUCUUCAAAAACUCCAUCAAAGUCAGCCAGGAUUUGAUCGACCUCUUCAGUGCAGCUGUCUACAUCAACACAUCGACAAACUCCCCCCUAAUGACCUACACUUUCAGAGGUGUUCGGCCAAUCAAUAGCAGGUUUGUGACGUCGCAUGUGGCAGGUGGCAUGUCGCUAUUCCACAUAGUGGACAGAAAUGUCAAAAGCCUGUUAGGCCUACCAGAGAGUAUGAGGUUAAAUCUCAUCCAACUCGGCCCAGGGGUACAUACUGUACAACAACAGGCUCAUGAGACAACUGAUUAUAAGGACCUGUUUCGUACUGACACUGUUGGCAAGCUUCCAGUUGUGUAUCACAUGGGGCUGGAUGAAUCUGUGCAUCCCACUGUGUGUGCCCCCAGAAGGAUCCCUCUAGCUAUGAAAGACAAAGUAGCCCAAGAGUUGGAAAGAAUGACUAGACUGGGCAUCAUCUCGCCCGUGGAGGAGGCAACCCCUUGGGUGUCUGCUAUGGCAGCUGCAGUCAAGAAGGAUGUCACAGUACACAUAUGCAUUGACCCCGUGCACCUUAACAUGCUCUCCUGA